AUGAUACCCCCGGCGUGGUCGGAGGCGAGGACCCUGGUCCCGCGCGUCGCGGACGGCCUCGAGGAGGACCCCAGGGGCGUCCCGUGCCUGUCCUGGCAUCCCACGUCCGCGCUCCUCGCCGCGUCGUGUAACAAACGCGUCUUUCUUCUCGACGGCGCGACCGGCGCGGUGACCGACGUCUUGCGCCUCCCCGCGCCCGCUACCGCGCUCGCGCACGCGCCCGCGCGCUUGAACGGCGUCCUCGUCGUCAUGCUUCACGACGGGAGCGUGCACGCGGUGGACAGGGUGGACGGCGCGGCGCCGCCGGCGCUUCGACGGCUGCAUCACGCGACGUUGAUGAACGCGCCGCCGCUCGGGGGGAGCGCCGAUCAACGACGCGGGCAUCUCGCGUUCAGCGAGAGGGCGGCGGCGCCGUGGGUCGUGUUCGCGGCGGCGGGAGAUAAAACGCUUCGCGCGGCGCCGUUACGCGCCGGAAACCCUGGCUACGGCGGCGGGGAUCUUCUGCGACUGAAGAACGAGCACAAGAGACCGAUAGCGUGUCUCGCGGGGCUCCCUUCCCAGGGCGUCGUCGUGGCCGGGUACGUCGACGGUCAAGUCCGCGCGUACGACGUCGUGAACGCGGUCGUGAAGUGCGCGUUCCGUCUGAACCCGAUCCUUCGCGCGGUGAGUGGACACGGCGGGAAAGGAGGGAAGAAGGGCUUCGGGUGGGGUAAGACGAGUAAGAAGGGAUCGAGUAAGUCGGGCGGAACCGGGGGCGGCGUCCCCGCGCCGACGUCCGUCUGCGCGUUCGCGAAGCCCGGCCGCGGGGAAGACCGACCCGGCGCGUGCGUCGUCGUCGUCGGCGACGCAGGCGGGCGUCUCUCGCUCUGGCCGAUCGACGAGCCGACGACGACGAUGAGCGGGUUCGGAAGCGGCGGCGGCGGCGGCGCUGAGAGCGCCGCCGCAUCCGCGUCGCGGGAACCUCGCGUCGAGUCCCUCGACGAGUGCUUCGUCGGCGACGGCUCCGUCCUCUCCGUCUCCCCGCUCCCAAACAACGCGGGCGUCCUCGCGCUCGUCGGCAGCGCGAUGGGGAUGCACGGCUCCGGCCACGGCCCGCCCGCGAGCGCGCUGCAGACGCGCGCGUUUGUGGACGCGAGACGCGUCGACCGCUUCGCGCGCCGACGCGGCGCCGCGCCGUCGACGCCCGCGCUGCCGCCGUCCGCUUCGCGCGCUCACGCGCGAUCGCACCCCGCGCAGGCGCGCUGCGCGGCCGCCGCGGUCGGCGGGCACGGCGUCGGCCACGGGCUCGGCGCGCCGUUCACCGUGUGGCUCGCGGAGAGCGCGGGCGGCGCGGCGCCGGGACGAAGCCUCUGCGAGCUCGCCGCGGCGGACGACGUCUCCGUCGCCGCCGCGAGCGCGGCGUCGCCGCCGGCGCGCGCGGGAGAGACGUAUCUCCUCGGCGACGGCGCGGUGUGGGCCGUGGACCUCGCGCGCGGGCCGGAGGCGAUCUUCAAGGCGUCCGUGCCGCCGCCGCCGCCGUCGGAGCCGAGCGCGGUGCCCGCGCGAAUCGCGUCUUCGCGCUCGGGGCCGUUCCGCGCGUUUUUGGUCGCGAUGCAGGGUCCCUCGCUUUCAAUCCCGACACACCUCGGCGCCUUUCAACGCCAACUGACGCCUUUCAACUCCACCCCGACGUUCCGCGCGUUUUUGGUCGCGAUGCAGAGCCCCGCGACGGACGCGCCGCCGCACGCGAUCGUGCUCCUGCGCGAGACGCUGACGCCGGUGAAGCGGACGACGCCGCCGCCCGGGGCCUCAGGGUCCGCGAGAUCCAACCAGCGCGCGGACGCGGGCGCGAGCGCGGUCGCCGCGCCGCCAGCUGUGCGUUCGCCGCCAGACGCGCCGCCGCCGCCGCCGGAGAUGCAAAAGACAACGCGAGCGACCGUCGUCGCGGGCGCGGACGCGUGCUUCGUCGGUGACGGCGACGCCGCGUACGCGGUGUUAGAACGCGGCGGAAACGCGGUGACCGUCUACCCGUGCGGCGGCGACGCGACGAAGGCGAGCGCGAGGUACGCGCUGGCGGACGCGCCCAGAGGCCCCGGCGCGGCGAACAGGGUGUUUCGCGGGCCCGGACCCGCCGCGCUCGCCGGCGCGGUCGGCGGGCGGUUCGGCGUCCUGAAGACGUCGAACGACGGCGUCCCCGGCGGCGAAGGGCCGAAGAUGACGAUGUCCCCGGGGAGCGUUCUCGAGGUUGGCCGCGGAGGGAGGAAGCGGCCGGCGGCGGAUCCGAACGAUCCGUUCGCGGCGGGCGUGGAUAACGCACUAUCCACGGGCGUUACGAACCCAAGUAACAACACCGCCGCCGACGACUACACGUGGGGCGGGUGUGCGAUCUUGACGAACCGCCGCCUGCUCCUGUGCCAGUUCGACGGCGACGGCUCCGCGGCGCAGGACUACGCGUGCGCGCUGACGAUUCGAUGCGAACGCGUCGUCAGGGACGGCGACGGCGAGAACCAAAUCGGCUCCAUCCUGUGGGUCGGCCCGUCGCUGCUCUUCACGCACCGCGACGGGAUCUCGUGUCUUGGCUGGGACGGCGACGUGUGCGCGCUCGCCAGCACGGGCGUCGGCGGCGGCGACGGCGCGCUCUUGACCGUCACGGAAGACGCGGCGUUGGCGUUGCACGUCACCGGCGGCGGCGGCGGCGUCGCCGCCGCCGCGCCCGCGGUGGUCUCUCGCCCCAUCGCGCUCUUCGACGCGAUCGCCUUCGGGUGGGGCACGCUGUGCGCGGCGCGCAGAGACGCGGGGCUGCCCCCGCCGGUCGACGCGCGAGAGGCGGUGGCGCGCGCGGCGGGGCGGCACGACGCGAGCCGCGCGUCCGCGAAGACGUUGGAGCGCAUCGCGAGCGCGAGACGAGGCGCGGGGCUUCCCGGGCUCGCCGCCGACGUCGCCGCGCGCGCGACGCACGUCCCCGCGCACUCGCGCGCGGCGUACGCGUCGCGAGCGUUUCGCGUGACCGCCGGCGUGGAGACAUUGCGGCACCGAUUGAACGCCGCCGCGGGCGGCGAGGAGUCGCACGCGAGGGCGCCCGCGGCGGUCGUCGACCCGGACGUCGCCGCGGCGACGCGCGAGGCGGCGAAAGCCGCCGCGGAGAUUGGCGACGCCGCGGGCGCGUUCGCCGCCGCCGCGAUGGCCGUCGGCGCGACCGGCGGGAAGGACCACGGGCCGCUGACGAGCUUGUGUCGCAAGGGCGUCGCGUCGCGCGCGGGCGACGGCGGGUUUCCGAUCAUCGAGCGGGAGGUGCAGCGCGUGCUCGCGCCGGGGCCGGUGAAAGACGCAGCGCUCGCGCGGCGGAAGCCGCCGAGGCGGUUCACGCCGCCUGAUCCGCCGCCGGGCGAGGGGCGCGCGCUCGGAUGGAUGGCGAUCACGCCGACGAUAUUGACCGACGCGACGAACAAGAACGCGGACGACAACGCGAACGCGAACGCGAACGCGAUCGCGGCGGGGAGAGAGGUGAGCCGAGCGCCGACGUUGUCGCACCUCGACUGGUUGGGACGGAGGGUGAAGGGCAGCGGCGUCGGGAUCGGCGGCGUCGAGGGCGACGGCAGCGAGCUCUCGGGCGCGCCGCGGGGAGGGGGAGGGGGAGGAGGAGGAGGAGGGCGCGGGGACGGAAGACCGCCCGCGCGGUCGGACAUGGGCUCGUCCGUCGUUCCCGGCGGCGGCGGCGGGGGAUCGCCCGCGGGCGUCGUCGCCGGCGCCGGGUCGCCGGUCACGUCCUUCGCCGCGCGCGCGGCGGAGCAGCAGCGGCAGCGCGAGCGCGCGCAGCAGUACGCGGUGCAGCACCCGGGGGACGAUGAUGACGACGACGACGACAGCGACGAUAGUGACGAAGAAACGCGCGGGGCGCGGCGGUUACACUUUAGCGAAGGGCACCGAGGCGGCGUCGGCGAAGAAAAUCAGGCGCCGCCGCCCGGCGCGGUCGCGGGCGGCGCCGCGCUCGCGCUCCCGCCGCCCGCGGGAAGCCAGGGAAGUCAGGGAGGACAACAGCUGUCGCCGUUCGGCGCCGCGCCCGCGUCGGCGACCGCGGGUCCCGGCGCUAUGGUGCCGUACGAUCCGUUCGCGGACGACGAUCCGUUCGGCGCGGCGGCGGCGGCGCUCGGCGGCGGCGGAGGCGGCGGCGGCGCGAUGGCGCUUCCCGCGCCGCCGGGGCUGGGGAACGAUCCGUUCGGGGACCCGGUCCCUGUCCCGGGCGGGUUCGGAGGUGGCGGCGGCGGCGCGAUGGCGCUUCCCGCGCCGCCGGGGCUGGGAGAUGACCCGUUCGGCGAUCCGUUCGGCGGCGGCGGCGGCGGCGGCGGCGGCGGCGGGUUCGAGGCGAACUUUGGCCAGCUCGCGCUGCCGCCGCCUCCUCCUCCUCCUCCGCCGGCGGCGGCGGCGUCGUCCGCGAUGAACGACGACGAUCCGUUCUCGCGACCGAUCGAGAACGCGGACUUCUUCAGCCAGGCACCCGCGCCGGUGCCGACGUCGAUGCCCGCGUUCGAAACGCAUCCACGACCGCCGUUAACGCCGCUGGCGCCGCCGCCGGCGAACGAGCUCGACGCGUACGGCACGCCCGCGACGUCGCCCGCGGCCGCGACGGGGUCGUUCACCGCGUUCGAACCGGCCGCGUCGGUCGUUCAAGCGCCGCCGCCGCCGAUGACGAUGCAUCCGCUGCCACCGAUGGAACCGCCGCCGGCGCCUCCGCCGCCGGCGCCUCCGUCGGACGACGCGUACGCCGGGUUCGCGCCGCCGCCCGGGGCUUUUCAGCUGCCGCCGGCGCCGCCGGCGCCGCCGCCGGCGGUGGCGCCGGCGCCGACGGACCCCGCGCACGAGCCGACGCUGCGGAUGAUCGCGAGCGGGAUGCGCGCGCUGGAAUCCAACGCGUUCGAGGCUGCGGAGGCGUCGUUCAUCGCCGCGGUGAAGCUCGCGGUGGGCGGAGGAGGCGGCGCCCCGCGCGGCGGCGCCGCCGGCGAAAAAAUCUUGAAAAAACUCGUCGCGUACGCGUUCGCGUCGCGGCUCCUCCGGAAGUGCUCUCUGAUCGCCGCCGCUGUCGCGUCGUCGCCGACGUUCUACGACGGCGUUCCUCCUACCACGUCGUCCGGAGACGACAAGAGCAAGAGGCGGGCGGCGUGGGCGGCGCCGAAGACGGCUGAACGCGCCGCCGUCGCCGCGGAGGUGCGUUCGCAUUUACACUGGUUCCCAUACGACCCCGUUCGCGUGGUGAACGCGAUUCCUUAA